UCGCAUCGAGCAAGAUUGUUUAUUAUUAUAAAAUACUUGAGUACGUGUUCACUACCGAUAGCUUAUCACUUGACAGAUUAUUACAGCAGUACUGCCCCCACAUUCUAACUGUUCAAGCAUUCAUUGAUAACAUACUAAUAUUUACCGGAGCUAAGAGCAAAUUAGCAAAGAACGUUUGAACAUAAAGCUGUGAUACUUUGUCCAAAUGAGAAAAGUACUUUUUGGAUUGUUUUUGUAUUUAUUCGACAAUUUAAGAGCGAUUCUUUAUGAAGACGUACCCAAAGAUGUACGCACGUUACACAUGUAAUUCAGAAGAAUAACUUUGUUCAACGCCAUUAUUUAUUGGGAGUUCAAGAAACAUCAAAUCACGAUAUUUAUACAGUCAUACAGGCCUAUGGAAAAGUGUUGACAGUUUUUACCCAUCCAGGAAGACAAAGUUUUUCGAUAGGUGAAUUCAAUGUUUUUACUCUAGAACUUAUAAUUUUAUCUGCUUACAUUUCCGUCUGACGUUGUUUCGUAUCAGUUUUGGAGUGGUGCUGGGAGGAAAUAAAAAAGUGAGAGGGAGUCUGAAGUGCGGUUUCAAAAUAGUUGAACCAUUGCAUUGGAUUUUGAAUCAGUUGACAAGACACCGCGCUAGCAGACGAUUUGUCGCGAAAGUUUGUUAUUGCAGAAAUCGGCAUUGCCGCGAAAAUUGAAAAUUUGACGUUUCACGACUUGCGCCGAAGCAGUGAUUUCAGAAAUGAUGAUAUCGAUUUGAAGAUGGGGCACGUCAAUUGGCAGGAGCUUUUUCCUUCACGAUGGAGUGUCGUCAUCUUCAUUGCUUACAUGACACUGUUCAUCAAUCAAGGAAUAUUGGUAACAUGGUCUCAAAGCAAGAAGAACUCUUACGAAUACGACACUGUUACAGUAGUAACAUUGACAGAGGUGCUGAAACUGGUUUUAUCAGUCGCUUUUUACUGCCGAAAUCACUCUAUUUUAUCGCUCAUUCAAGAAAUACGGAAAUAUAAGAGGGUACUGCUGCUGUACAUGGUUCCAGCAUCUUUAUACUGUCUCUACAAUAAUUUAGCAUUUGUAAAUUUGGCUGCAUUCGACCCCACAACUUAUUAUCUGCUGCUCCAAUUCCGAGUUGUUGUAACAGGAAUUGUAUUUCAGGUGGUGUUCAAAAAACAAUUAUCUACCAAGCAGUGGAUCUCGCUCGUGUUGUUAACAUUUGGCUGCAUGGUCAAACACUUGGAUAUGAAUUACGGUAUCCACAUUUUCCAGAAUUGGCAUUUCAGUUUGAAUGCACUAUUCAUAUUCGUUCAGACGCUAUGUUCGUGUUUAGCUGGAGUAUACAACGAAUAUUUACUCAAAGGCCAUGGAGCUAAAAUCGACAUAUUUGUACAAAACGUUUUUAUGUACAUCGAUAGUAUUUUUUGCAAUGUGGCAGUUCUCAUUGGUCAAGGCAGCUUGGCAGAAAUUUUUAGUCAAACGAACCAAAGUAUUUUUACUCAGCCCAAAGUUCUUCUGAUUAUGGUAAAUAAUGCCGCUGGUGGAAUAAUAACAAGCUUUUUUCUGCAAAGUCUCAAUUCAAUUCUAAAGACUUUUGCCAGUGCUUUAGAGCUUGUGUUUACCGCCAUCCUAUGCUGGAUAUUAUUUAAUAUACCGGUAUAUUUGAACACCGUCUUAGCUAUAGUGAUAGUGAGCUAUUCCGUACUUUUGUACUCUCAAAACCCUGUGCAAAAUGCACAUCCAAAAAGUUGCCCCGACAAUCAAUCUGAUGUAGAACCAUUAGUUUCUCCGAAAGAGGUUGAAUUGGUUUGAGGAUGAAUCAAAUAAGUUUUACGAACAAUUAUAACUAUUUAGCAUUUGAUAUUGAUCGUUGACAUGACAUAAAUUAUCGACGGUAUUUAUAGAGGCUCAAAUUUUGCAAUAUUUUUCUGUUACUAUUAGUUUUAUUUAUUCUUUAAGUGCCAUAUUUAAUCGGCUGUAGAAGUAUAAACUUUGCAUUGGCCUAACGAAGAUUUCAUUAUUGAAAUAAUUGUAUACAGUCGCUCUCGUUAUCGUCAAACUUUCUUGCUCGACUGUACGUAAAUAUUUAUCUACAUGCAUAUUUGUAGAAUGCAGCGCGUUACCAGUAUUUUUCACUUUUAUUUUUGUCGUGAUUAGGCUGCAAAGUUAUUUCUAGGCUGUAAUGAUUUGCAAUGUACGAACAAGUCGGUUGGCUCAAAUCACCGAAUAUCUAAGAAUAUAACAUUUUUAAAUGUUCAACUAAUUUUGUCGAUUUCAGAUCAUCAUGUGAUCGAGGAUUUGUUCGUUCCAAUACAUUAUUUAUAGAAAUUAAAUUUCAUUUAAGUCAAAUAAUAUGCCAAAGUACACGUUAGGCUUUACAAAUGUCGCUCUCCCCACUGAAAAAUAAUAUUUAUUAUUCUCAGAGAAACAUAGGAUUACCCUCGUGCUAUCGAUAAGCUUGGUUUUUCAAUGCAAUAAUUGUAAAUGAACAAGUGAUGCCUUAUAUUUAUCACUUUCCAAUAAAAUGACAUCGUGAUCAUGAA